AUGUUUUCAUCUCAGCGUUGCGCUGAUUUUGCCGAGUGGAUAACCAAUAAAGGUCUCAUUGAUAUGGGUUUUACUGGACCCAAGCUUACUUGGUCGAGAGGCAACACUACUGGUUCGGCUAAAGGGGCCAGGAAGAACUGCUUUGGUACCAACGAUCUCGGGAAGAAUGGAUUACGUCGGGAGACAGGAACUCAGCCUAUUAUCAUGCGGCCACAACCAUUCGACGAGCCCGUAAUACGAUUCAAAGCCUAUGAGAUGACGAUGACGCUUGAGGGGAGUGGAGGUUUCCCGACACUCCUCCAACCACAAUGGGAUGAUUUUAACAAAGCUAUUACUAUUACCGAGGUCCAUAAGGCCCUGACUGAUAUGGCUCCUUUUAAGGCCCCUGGGCCGGAUGGUUUCCACGCCGCUUUUUAUCAGCGCAUGUGGAGUAUUGUUGGGGAGAGUGUGUUCAAGCUUGUCAAGGAAGCGUUUGACUCGGGCUCCUUACCUCCCGGAUUAAACGAUACCCUUCUGGUCCUCAUUCCAAAGGUUAAGUCCCCGGAGACUGUGCGGCAAUUCAAACCGAUCAGUCUUUGCAAUGUAAGUUAUAAAAUCAUAACCAAGACGAUUACUAAUCGCUUGAAAGGCAUUCUACCGAGCUUGGUGGGCCCAUACCAGAGUUCUGUUGUUCAGGGGCAUCAGAUUUCUGAUAAUAUUCUUAUCUACCAAGAAAUUAUGCCCACUAUGCGUUCUAAGAAAGGGCAAACAGGUUUCAUGGCUAUUAAGCUGGAUUUUGAGAAGGCAUAUAACCGUCUAUCUUGGGACUUCAUUCGUUCGACCCUUGCGAAGAUUGGUUUUGGUGAGGCCUGGAUCACACUCAUUAUGCACUGCAUUCAGACUCCUCGUAUGGCACUGAUUUGGAAUGGCGAAAUCAUUCCACAGUUCACUCCGAGUCGGGGAAUCCGCCAAGGGGAUGCCAUGUCUCCGGCUAUAUUCGUUCUUUGCAUGGAGAGGCUUAGCCAGAUGAUAACUCGUAGUGUGUCGGCAGGCUUGUGGAAAGGAAUCAGAUUGUCGUCAUCCAGCCCUCCCCUUUCCCAUCUCUGUUUCGCGGAUGAUCUUGUUCUUUUUUCUGAAGUCUCUUCUGAUCAGGUGGCCGUCAUUCGGGACAAUCUUGAGCGAUACUGUGACGCGUCGGGCGUCAUUCGGGACAAUCUUGAGCGAUACUGUGACGCGUCGGGGCAGAAGAUAAACUAUGCUAAAUCGCAAGUGUAUUUCUCCAAAAAUGUAGCUCCGGCUGUUGCGUCUGAUUUUGCUAACCGUCUGAAUUUGGCAAAAACUGAUAACUUGGGCACCUACUUGGGAGUGCAGUCUGCUCACGGUCGUAUUUUUCGACAGAACUUCGGCAAUCUUCUUGAUCUGCUUAAAGGCCGCAUGGAGGGCUGGAAAGCCAGAAUUUUGUCCUUAGCGGGUAGAGUCACUCUCGCGAAGUCAGUACUAAAUUCUAUCCCGACCUAUGCAAUGCAAACUGCCGUGCUCCCUAUAGGGGUUCGAGACAUGUGGGAGGAAGGGCGUGGGUGGAAAUGGGAGCUCAUCACCGAUUCACUUCCGGACGACAUCAAAUUAAAACUGAGUGGUUUCGUGCCCUCGAGGGAUCCCGAACGCCACGAUGAAGUGGGAUGGGGCCCAGAUCCUACCGGAGAUUUUUCUAUCCAUUCUGCCUACACGUCGCUGCUCCCUUCUAAUGGGACAGGAAAUCAGGAUGACUGGUUAAGGAUUUGGAAACUUAACGUGCCGAACAGGAUUUGUGUGUUUGUCUGGCUUGUUCAACAUGGGAAAAUUUUAACCAAUGUUGAACGCGCAAGACGUCAUAUCACUUCUAAUGCUUCGUGUUCUUUUUGUGUAGGGCAUUCGGAGGAUUGUGAGCAUUUGUUCAGGCGCUGUGGAGAAGCCAAGGCAAUUUGGAGUGCUGCUUAUGGGCCGACGCUGGUGGCUGCCCUUGGACAUCUCGGAUGGAAAGAGUGGUUAACAACCAACUUACGAGGGGAAAAGCGCAUGGGUUUUGCGGAGUGGUGGCCGGAGCGUUUUUCCAUUCGCCUUUGGUGGCUCUGGAAAUGGCGUAAUGAUAAAGUGUUCAACAAUAGAAGCCUGCCUUUUGACCAAAAACUCAGGUGGAUUAAGAGACAAGAAGACGAGAUUAAGUCUGCGUUCGUGAAGGUUGGGGUUCAGGGCCUGUCUGCGAAUCGGUCUGCUGCCAGUCAGGUGUCGUGGACUAAACCAACCAUAGGCUACGUGAAACUAAAUGUCGACGGCAGCUGGUCUGCUCACGAAGUAAAGGCUGGCUGUGGAGGCGUAAUCCGGGAUGCUCACGAAGUAAAGGCUGGCUGUGGAGGCGUAAUCCGGGAUCAUGAUGGCAACUGGCUGGGAGGUUUUGUUGCGAAUAUUGGCAUAUGCUCCGUCGAAGAAGUUGAGGCCUGGGCUGUAUGGCAUGGACUACGCUUCGCGCUAAAUCGAGGUUAUCAAAACUUAAUUGUGGAGAGUGACUCUCGAACAGUGAUCGAGCUUCUGAAUCAUUCUGGAUUUUCGACAGGCGGUCUCACCAACCUUCUUGAGCGGUGUCGCGAGGAAAUGGUGAAUUUUCAAUCCUUGGAUUUAUGUCAUGUGUUUCGCGAACAAAACAGGAUCGCCGACGCCCUUGCGAAACUGGCCCUAGUGAGCCCGAGGAAUUUUACUGAUCUAAGUGAUGCACCGGAUGCGAUUGCAACCAUAAUUUAUGAAGACCGCAUGGGAGUGAGUUCCCUUCGUCGAGUGCCCGUGUCUGGGGCUAUGGUCACCUGGUCUGGUCCGUCUAUCUUGGGUAUCCCCCUCUUUUGUUAA